UGGUCGCGUCAACGACACGCACUUCGAUGAAGAUUAACUACUUAUAUCAAAAUGUGGACGCGAUAACGAUAAGUCUUCGCAGACAGUUAUCUCCGCGGAGUGUAUAAGGUCCGCGCGUUGGACCAGCUUACUUGCAGUAUCGACGAGCACAUCAAGCGAUCGAGAUGCAAGUUGUACAUUUGUAUUCGUCGCAGUAAGAUUUUUCAGUGUCGUUAUUCGAUAUCGGUUUUCGACGGUAUACGGAGGUAUCAAGAAAUUAAAUUUCUCUGAAAAAAACGAAAAAAACGUCAUGUCAGAAAUAAAAGUGCUGGACGGUGGUUUCUCCACGCAACUGUCCACCCACGUGGGUGAUCAGAUCGACGGUGACCCUCUGUGGACCGCACGUUUUCUCAUAACGGAACCGAAGGCCGUCUUCGCUACUCACUUGGACUUCUUGCGUGCCGGUGCCGAUAUCAUAGAGACGAACACGUAUCAAGCAACCGUCGACGGUUUUGAGAAAUAUCAGGGCAUCACCGAGGAGAAGAGUCUCGAGAUUAUCCGUAAAGCCGUCGAUUACGCUAAAGACGCCGUGGACGUUUACCGUAAGGAGAUAGAGGACGACGAGAACGCGACGAACCGAAAGCCACUAAUCGCCGGAUCUUGCGGCCCUUACGGCGCCUGCUUGCACGACGGCUCGGAGUACACCGGUACGUACUGUGCUAACGUGUCGCGAAAAUUUCUGAUCGACUGGCACAGGCCUCGCAUACGCGCCUUGUUGGAGAAAGGUGUUGACUUAUUGGCGAUAGAGACGAUACCUUGCGUCCGCGAGGCGGAGGCCAUAGUCGAGCUACUCAAGGAAUUUCCGGAUACGCGGGCAUGGCUGUCGUUCUCCUGCAGAGACGACGGCAAGAGCCUGGCGGACGGCAGUAGCUUUCAAGAGAUUGCCGUGAGAUGUUACAAGAACGCGCUGCCUGGACAAAUAUUAGCGAUCGGCGUCAAUUGUAUCGCACCGCAGUGCGUCACCACCCUGCUGCGAGACAUCAACAAGGGCAAGCCGAACGAGCUUGUACCGUUGGUGGUAUAUCCUAACAGCGGAGAGAAGUACACGGUGUCCGAGGGAUGGAAGAAGGAAGGAGAAGCCCCCUCUUUGCACGAUUUCAUCGACGAAUGGCUGGAUCUUGGCGUUCGCUAUAUCGGUGGAUGUUGUAGAACAUACGCUACAGAUGUUAAACGAAUAAGAGCUAGAGUGGACCAACGUCGGACGUAGACAUGUAUGAAUUUAAUGGUCAUUGAGAGAAUGACUUCGCAUUUGAUUUUUGUAAUCAAUCAAUUUAUAUUAAAUGCUUGCGUACAAAAUGCAACACGAAAUAUACAUAAAACAUUAUAUAUA